AUGUCUUCUAAAGAGGCAGACACGUCAAAGGGCGUCAGCGCCGCCGAGCACCUCGAGCGAACCAUCUCGAACGAUGCCGUCCUCAAGGUUGCCGAGCACGCUGACCUCGAGGCCAUCGAAGAGACCACACCGGGCAACUUCGUCUGGCUUUGUGCUUGUGCUACAGCCAUUGGUGGCAUGCUUUUCGGUUACGACACUGGUGUUAUCUCCGGUGUCCUGGUCGUGAUUGGAUCAGACCUGAACAACAAACCCAUUACCGACUCUGACAAGGAGCUCAUCACAGCCUUGUGUGCUGCAGGAGCCUUGAUCGGGGCCAUCGUUGCGGGAGUCACUGCGGACAUGUACGGUCGUAAACCAGCUAUCUGGUUCGCGUCUGUGUUGUUCACCAUUGGCGCCGUCAUCCAGGCGAGCUCCUUCACCAUCGCUCAGAUGUCCGUGGGUCGAGUUGCUGUUGGGCUGGGUGUCGGUUCGGCUUCCAUGAUUGUUCCCCUAUACAUCGCCGAAAUUUCCCCCGCUAGAUUCCGUGGCAGAAUGAUCUCAGUCGACAUGAUCUUCCUCGGCACCGGCUCAGUCCUGGCCUAUGCUUUCGACGCGGCCUUUUACAAAGUGGCACAUGGCUGGAGGUACAUGGUCGGCAUCGGCGGCAUUCCCUCCAUUAUCCUGGGAAUCCUCCUCUUCUGGUGCCCCGAGUCACCUCGUCAGCUCAUGUUUCACGGCAGGCGCGAAGAAUGCGAGAGAGUCAUCAGACGCAUUUUCCCUAGGGCCACCGAGGAGCAUGUCGCCAAUAAACUAUUGUCUCUCGAACACGGCGUGAAUGCCUCCAAGGCUCUCAGCGAAGAAAUCUCAUGGCGGACUUCGCUCAAGAACAUCUUCACUGUCCCAGCAAACCUGAGAGCCACCAUCGCAGCGUGUGGCCUCAUGGCUUUCCAGCAAUUUUGUGGCUUCAACACUCUCAUGUACUACUCAUCUACGCUCUUCGAUAUUGUAGGGUUCUCCAAUCCCAUCGCAGUCGGGACUGUGGUCGCCGUGACCAACUGGAUCUUCACCGUUCUGUCUAUCUUCCUCAUCGACCGCAUCGGACGCCGGAGGAUCCUCCUCUGGACGAUGUGGGGCAUGCCAGUCUGCCUGGUUAUCGCAGCUAUCGCUUUCAGAUGGAUCCCCCUCGACCUGAAUACCCUGGAACUCACAGACACGAAUAUUGGCUGGCCGGCAUACGUGGUCCUCGUCAUGAUGAUCUUGUUCGUCGCCUUCUACGCGGCCGGCCUCGGCUGUGUGCCGUGGCAGGCGAACGAGUUUUUGCCCAUGGAGGUCCGCGCGAUGGGAACCACGUUGAUUAACAUUUCGAACUGGGGCCCAAACAUAAUUGUCUCUGCUACGUUUUUGACUAUGAUGCGGAACAUGACACCGUCUGGGACAUUUGGGUUCUACGCUGCUUUGUCUUUCCUCGGUUGGGUCUUCGUGUACUUUUGCUUCCCUGAGGCGGCCAACAUGACGCUUGAAGAGAUUCGUGUUGUGUUUCAACAUGGAUUUGGUGUCAAGUACGCUGAGGAGUGGCGGAAGCAACGGAAGAUCCAGCAAAGAGCCGUCGUUGGGGAUGUAUGA